AUGAGCGGUGGUAAUAUGGAACAUAUCGUUGAUCUCGAGCUGUGCGGUGUAGAUGCGGGCAGCGGUACUCCCGCGCAUGGCAGACCGGGCGAUAAUCGUCGAUGGCUGUUAUCGCGCGUCCGUUGCGCUGUCCGGAGCGGCCGCGACCGCUCACUCGGUCUGUACAACGCACUGCACAUGCUUGUCGAUCCUAAACUGUUUAAC